AUGGCGAGGGUAGUGCAUCCUUGGAAGUGGACGGUGGCAACCCUGAUUGCAACCCUGAUUCUGGGGGUCUCAGGUAGCAUCAACCGAGCUCCAAGCAAUCCUCACCCCUGCAACUCUGUUAUCUACAUUCUAGGACCCAGUCCUUCAGCCCUCGCCCAGUCCUAUAACCUCACCUCCAAGUUGAAAUUGGUUCCAAUUUCUUAUCUAAGAGCUUGGGGUGGGCAGUUGGGUUGGUACCAGUUCCUGACUCUGAAAGAGUACCCCUGCAUCAGAGCCCCGCCCCAGCCCAUUCUCCACCGACUCUUCCUAGAGCCUGUUCUUGCGGACGACGUUUCCGCUUGUGACAACCCCUCCGGCAACCGGCCCUCUGGGACUAACCGAGACCUCAGCAGGGAGUCCCAGUCAGAGGAGGACUCCAGGUCGGAUAGCAGCAAUCGCAUCGUGAACGGGUCAGACUGUGAUAAGGACAAGCAGCCGUGGCAGGGCGCGCUGCUGCUGGGACCCAACAAGUUGUACUGUGGGGCGGUGCUGAUCAACCCACAAUGGCUGCUCACAGCAGCGCACUGCAGAAAGCCAGUCUUCAGAAUCCGUCUGGGCCACCACUCCAUGUCACCUGUCUACGAGUCCGGUCAGCAGAUGUUCCAGGGAAUCAAAUCCAUCCCCCACCCUGGUUACUCCCACCCUGGCCACUCCAAUGACCUCAUGCUCAUCAAAAUGAACAGAAAAAUCCGUAGUUCUCGCUCAGUGACGCCCAUCAAAAUUGCCUCUAGCUGUCCCACCGCGGGGACCAGAUGCAUGGUGUCUGGCUGGGGGACAACGAGCAGCAGUCACAAUAACUUCCCCAAAGUCCUCCAGUGCCUGAACGUCACUGUGCUAAGUGAGGAGAGGUGCAAAGACUCCUACCCAGGACAAAUAGACAAGACCAUGUUCUGCGCUGGUGAUGAAGAGGGCAGGGACUCCUGCCAGGGUGAUUCCGGGGGCCCUGUGGUCUGCAAUGGCCAGCUGCAGGGCCUUGUGUCCUGGGGUGAUUUCCCCUGUGCCCAGCGGAACAGGCCAGGUGUCUACACCAACCUAUGUGAGUUCGUUAAGUGGAUUGAGGACACCAUCAAAUCCAACUCGUGAGCCAGCAUCAUCCCACUACAGUGACAAGCACAGCCAUUGAGGAUGCUGCAGACAGGCCAUGUUUUAUGUCUCCUGACAUCAAGAUCCUCGUCCCAAAUGGUGGACUGGCUCUGUUCCUAUAGCCAGACCCCAGGGACACUUCCUGGAAUGACAUGGGUUGAAACCCAUCAUCCUCAGUAAAUCAAUACACAAACCCAGAGUUGAGCCUUUUCUGCAGCUAUAACCCAGGUUUAGACCCAGAAAUAAAAGCCAUGGGAAGAA